AUGCAGCUGCGGAGGUAUCAUCAUGCCAGGUCGGCUGCAUCGCUGCUGGCAAUGAUGAUGAUGGUGCUGCUAACAACGAUACCACCAACCAGUGGCCAUGGCUGGGGCUCGGAAGAUAUGGAACUGUUCGAUCUGGUAGAGGAGGUGAACGAAAAUUUCUAUACCCUCAUGAACAUCAACCAGACGGCAACGCUGACCGAAAUCAAGCGAGCGUUCCGGACGCUCUCGGUAGUGCUGCAUCCGGACAAGAACGAUGCGGAGGAUGCGAACAUUCGGUUUCGCAAUCUUGUCUCGGUGUACGAAAUCCUGAAGGAUCCGGGAAAGCGAGAAAAGUACGACAAAGUGCUGAAGGAAGGUAUGCCGAACUGGAAAUCGGCCCUGUAUUACUAUCGCCACGUCCGGAAAAUGGGUAUGGUGGAGAGUGCCACCAUACUCUUCGUUGUCAUCACUGUGAUGCAGUAUUUUGUUGCCUGGGCGGCGUACAUUGAGAAGAAAUAUACAGCGGAACAAAUUGUAGGCAGCAAGCUGAAAAAGCUGAACAAGAAAAAACAGACAAACGUACAGCUGGAGGAGCUGAUCAAUGAGAUCCCAUUGCCUAGCAUUAAGAACACGUUACCGUGCCAGAUACCGGUUUGGGUUUGGAACACCGUAACGGGUACGCCAGCGGCCAUACGCAUGAUGUUCGAGCUGUAUUCCCAGCAGAAGAAACAAAAGGAAGAGGAACUUCAACGCGAGAAAGAGGAGAUCGAACUGCAAGCUUCGCUCGAAGAGCAACGGGCGCGAGAUAAAGAAAAUCGCAUCCUUCGAAAGCGAUCGAAAAAAAUGAUUGUACCAGAGAAAACGGACGAGGAGCUGGCUGCUUACAGUCAGCGUAUCGCGAAACCUGCCGCCGGUGGUAAUGCCGACAAGGGCGCACACACGCCACUGCCCCAAUCCGGUGGCCUCUGGACCGAGGACGAUCUGACCGAGCUAGUACGCUUAGUAAAGAAAUAUCCGGGCGGUACAAGCAACCGUUGGGAGGUAAUAGCGGAGCUAAUGCAGCGAACGGUUGAGGAAAUUACCUACAUGGCUGCAAAGAUGAAAGAUUGUGGCUAUCGUCUACCGCACCAGUCCGAUGGUACAAACGCGUCCGAUACGGCACAGGCAGCCGCAGUAGGUGCAGCCGCUGCUGCCAAGGUAAAGACGAAAACACGUGACAGUGGACCGAACGAAACGGCUACCAGCAACUGGACCCAGCAGCAGCAGCAGGCGCUCGAGGUUGCCAUACAAAAGUACCCGAAAUCGGCCAAUUACGACCGGUGGCAGAAAAUAGCGAACAGCGUGCCGGGCAAAUCGAAGGAAGAGUGUGUCGCCCGCUACAAAUAUUUGGUGGAGCUGGUGAAGAAGCAGAAAAGUGCCAACCCGGCGGAUGAGCUGGCACAGGAGAACAAGACCACGGAUCCGGAGCCCGCACCGAAGGCAGCAGAGGAGAAAACCGCACCCGAAGCUGCACCGAUGCACAGUGACGAUGCGGUGGAAGAAGAUGACGGUACUCCGCAAACGGUAGCAGCGGGUGGAAAGAGUCAGGCUAAGAGUAAACGACGGGAGCGUAAGAAAGCGAAAGCUUAUUACAGCUACUCGGAUGAUUCGGACAUGUCCAACGAAGUUGAAGAAAUAUAAGGUAGCAAAACGA